AUGGGCGGGAGCAGGUGAACUAGAAGAGCCAAUGAGUGCGAGAUGUUGAAUGACAGCUGUCCAAUAGAGAUCCUCAGUGCUAGUAAGGUUUGCAGCUUAAGCACCGCCGGGGUCUGAGGAAUGUCAACUAUUCAACAUGGAGGCGGAGGUCGAUAAGCUGGAACUGAUGAGCAUUGCGGAGGUUUUUCGAUGUUUCAUUUGCAUGGAGAAAUUGCGGGAUGCUCGCUUGUGUCCACAUUGCUCCAAGCUUUGUUGUUUCAGCUGUAUUAGGCGUUGGCUGACAGAGCAGAGAGCUCAGUGUCCUCACUGCCGUGCUCCACUCCAGCUACGAGAGCUAGUAAAUUGUCGUUGGGCAGAAGAAGUAACACAACAGCUUGAUACUCUUCAACUCUGCAGUCUCACCAAACAUGAAGAAAAUGAAAAGGACAAGUGUGAAAAUCAUCAUGAAAAGCUUAGCGUGUUUUGCUGGACUUGUAAGAAGUGUAUCUGCCAUCAGUGUGCACUUUGGGGAGGAAUGCACGGUGGACAUACCUUUAAACCUUUGGCAGAAAUUUAUGAGCAGCAUGUCACUAAGGUGAAUGAAGAGGUAGCCAAACUUCGUCGACGUCUCAUGGAACUGAUCAGCUUAGUUCAAGAAGUGGAAAGAAAUGUAGAAGCUGUAAGAAAUGCAAAAGAUGAGCGUGUUCGGGAAAUUAGGAAUGCAGUGGAAAUGAUGAUUGCACGAUUAGACACACAGCUGAAAAAUAAACUUAUAACACUGAUGGGUCAGAAGACAUCUCUAACCCAAGAAACUGAGCUGUUGGAAUCCUUACUUCAGGAGGUAGAGCACCAGUUGCGGUCUUGUAGUAAGAGUGAAUUGAUAUUGAAGAGCUCCGAGAUCCUGAUGAUGUUUCAGCAAGUUCAUCGAAAGCCCAUGGCGUCCUUUGUUACAACACCUGUUCCACCAGACUUUACCAGUGAAUUAGUACCAUCUUAUGAUUCAGCUACUUUUGUUUUAGAGAAUUUCAGCACUUUGCGCCAAAGAGCAGAUCCUGUUUAUAGUCCACCUCUUCAAGUUUCAGGACUUUGCUGGAGAUUAAAAGUUUACCCAGAUGGUAAUGGAGUUGUGCGUGGUUACUAUUUAUCUGUGUUUCUGGAACUCUCAGCUGGCUUACCUGAAACUUCCAAAUACGAAUAUCGUGUAGAGAUGGUUCACCAGUCCUGCAAUGAUCCUACCAAAAAUAUCAUUCGAGAAUUUGCAUCUGAUUUUGAAGUUGGAGAAUGCUGGGGCUAUAAUAGGUUUUUCCGUUUGGACUUACUUGCAAAUGAAGGAUAUUUGAAUCGACAAAAUGAUACUGUAAUUUUAAGGUUUCAGGUACGUUCACCAACUUUUUUUCAAAAGUGCCGGGACCAGCAUUGGUAUAUCACACAGUUGGAAGCUGCACAGACUAGUUAUAUCCAACAAAUAAACAAUCUUAAAGAGAGACUUACCAUUGAGCUGUCUCGAACUCAGAAAUCAAGGGACUUGUCACCACCAGAUAAUCAUCUUAGUCCCCAAACUGAUGACACACCUGAGACACGAGCUAAGAAGUCUGGGUCAUGCUCUGACAUGCUUCUUGAAAGUGGGCCUGCUACAGCUUCUAUAAGAGAGACCAAGGAAGAUGAAGAAGAUGAAGAGAAGAUUCAGAAUGAAGAGUAUCAUCAUGAGCUUUCAGAUGGAGAUUUGGAUCUGGAUCUUGUUGGUGAAGAUGAAGUAAAUCAUCUUGAUGGCAGCAGUUCUUCUGCUAGUUCCACAGCAACAAGUAACACAGAAGAAAAUGACAUUGAUGAAGAAACUAUGUCUGGAGAAAAUGAUGUAGAAUAUAACAACAUGGAAUUGGAAGAGGGAGAACUCAUGGAAGAUGCAACUGCUUCAGGACCUCCAGGUAGUAGCCAUGGGUAUGUGGGUGCCAGCAGCCGAAUGUCAAGAAGAGCACAUUUAUGCUCUGCUGCUACCAGUAGUUUAUUAGACAUUGAUCCUUUAAUCUUAAUACAUUUGUUGGACCUUAAGGACAGGAGCAGUAUGGAAAAUUUGUGGGGCUUACAGCCUCGCCCACCUGCCUCACUUUUGCAGCCCACAGCAUCAUAUUGUCGAAAAGAUAAAGACCAAAGGAAGCAACAGGCCAUGUGGCGAGUGCCCUCUGAUUUAAAGAUGCUGAAAAGACUCAAAACUCAAAUGGCUGAAGUUCGAUGUAUGACAACCGAUGUGAAGAACACACUUUCAGAAAUAAAAAGCAACAGCACUGCUUCUGGAGACAUGCAGACAACACUUUUUUCUGCUGACCAGACAGCUCUGGCUGCAUGUGGAACUGAAAACUCUGGCAGAUUACAAGAUUUGGGAGUGGAGCUCCUGGCAAAGUCAUCAGUUGCCAGUUGUUACAUCAGAAACUCUACAAAUAAGAAGAGUAAUUCACCCAAGCCAGCUCGGUCCAGUAUAGCAGGUAGUUUAUCACUUCGAAGAGCAGUGGACUCUGGGGAAAAUAGUCGUUCAAAAGGAGACUGUCAGACUUUGUCUGAAGGCUCCCCAGGAAGCUCUCAGUCUGGGAGCAGGCACAGUUCUCCCCGAGGCUUGACACAUGGCAUCGUGAGUGAUAUCCUGCCCAAAACCGAAGACUGGCAGUGUAAAGCUUUGGACUCAGAUGCUGUUGUGGUUGCAGUUUUCAAUGGCUUACCUUCUGUUGAGAAAAGAAGGAAAAUGAUAACCUUGGGGCCUAAUGCUAAAGGAAGUCGUCUGGAAGGAAUGCCAAUAACUGAUUUGGAGAAUAAUUCUGAAACUGGAGAGUUACAGCCUAUACUACCUGAAGGAGCUUCAGCUGCCCCUGAGGAAGGAAUGAGUAGCGACAGUGACAUUGAAUGUGACACUGAGAAUGAAGAGCAGGAGGAGCACACCACUGUGGGCGGAUUUAAUGACUCUUUCAUGGUGCAGCCCCCAGAUGAAGAUUCUCAUUCCAGUUUUCCUGAUGGUGAACAAGUAGACCCUGAAAAUCUCCACUUCAAUACUGAUGAAAACAGUGGAAGGUCAGAACAGAAGAGUGGGUACUUAUCUCUUAACAGCACAUGGUUUUUCAAAGGUGAAAAAAUUCUUUUUAUUGUCUAAUUUAUGACUCAAAAAUCAUCUGAAAUUAAGAUGUGAGCAAAAUUUAUAGUAUCCCCUUUUAUGGCCUUGCUUAGAUGAGAAUGAUCAUUGACUGAACAAACUGUUUAAAAAAUUUAGAUCAUUUUCUUACCACCUCACCAAGCCUUUGAUUUGGAAGGAAGUACUUGAACCACAGCAGUUUUAUCUGUAAACACAGAACUCUUCAUGUGUCAUUUUCAUCUGCCCAUUGAUGUUUCACUUCUUACUGGCACAGUGUUCCAGCCAUGGAGUGUGAUUGUCCUGAAAAUGCAGUGUUGGUACUAAACCACUAUAAAUAUGGUUAGAGUUGACUUAGUGUUGACAUUGUCCUUGGAAAAGAUUUACCUUCAAGAGACUCCUAGUUCUAUGCAACAGGAACUUUAAUUGUAUUCUUCAAGGACAAUGGAUGGCACUUCUAGGUAAAGAAAAGGUAUAUACAUAUGUGUCUACCUGACCUCUGUAGUACAGACCUAAUGGGAUUAAUAGCCCCAGUAUUUGGUGCUGUAAUGUUGCCUAACCGCAGAUGUCCCUCUAGAUGUACACAUCUAGAAAGUGAAAAAGGAAACCUUUGUUAGGGACUGACUCCCUUUGAAACUCACAGUGAAUGUACAAGGAGUUUGUAGUAACUUCAUUUGGCGACUUGAAGUCUGUUUUCCUAACCAGUACUACACUUUCUUGUUUAUAUUUUACUAUUUCCUAUUCUAACAAAACUUGGUUAGCAGGCAAACAGAUUAAUGCAGAUCAUGUUAAAUUGAAAAAGGGAUACUGCCACUCUUCAAGAAUUGAGUGUAGAACUUUCACCACCACUAAAUUACACAAUGAGUAAAAGUACGAAACACAUAAUUCACGGACUAUACCUCAGCAUUAACAGUUAAUAUAGAAUAUAUACUUUUAUAUCUGUCUAUUUUUUUACAAUCACCAGGUACACCAUCAUUAAAUACAAGUUACGAUAAUAUGUAGAUACCAUUAGUUAAAGGGUUACUUAUUGCUUACGUUAGCAAGCAGCAAAUUAAGGGCACAGGAUUUGAACGGAAGGGAACUACUUUCUAUCACCAGUGGCAUUAAGAUAUAACACUGCAUUUCACAAAGCACUGCUUUUUAUCUAGUUUAUAGGACCAAGAGCAGCAUAUAUCAGACCAAUAACCACUACCUUAAUAUUUAUUCUAGAAUUUUAAAGGACUUACCUUACAAAUGGUACCUAACUACCCUAUAAAUAUGUAUGUUGUGAACAAAUGAAUAGUUGCUAUUUUUUACAGUAUCGAGAGAACUACUUUAUUUUCUAGAGAAGUAAUGGUAUGAAACAUGGAAUUAACACUGCUAUAUAGUCAGAUCUACACAUCCCCAUACCCUUAGAAAUGGGUCUGUGUUUGUCCCAGUUUCAUCCAACCAUUUUUCCCCUACUGAAAAAGCUUAUCACGUGCAGCUUCUUUUUCCUUUUAUCUUUAUUCUAAUUAAAAGCAUUACCAACAGACAACUACAGAAAAUUUAGUCUGUCACUUAGCUAAGCAUUUUGGACUAUAAUAUGUACCAAUAUUCUGCUGCCUUUGUUUUGUU